ACUAAACUUAUUUUCCACUUUCAGAACCGUCUGCGUCAGCUCGGGCUCUUGAGGAACAUGAAAACCACGCUGCGCCCCGCCUCCCCUUCCGCCCCCCACCGCAAUACCCUUUCCGCCGCCCCCUUACUCCGCCUCGCUGACGGGGGCGGGUCGAGCUGAAAGAAAACGAGACUCCGGCGUCGCUCGUGCAUGUGUGGUGCCGGGGACGGGAGGAGGCGAGGGCCGGACGUCCAGACAGACAGGCCGGCGUGGUGAUGUGUGUUGGUGUCGCCGCGGCGGUGUAGUGAUGAUCAAGUGUCCUGUGUGUUGGUAGAGGCCGGGAGUCUGUCCUCAGCAUGGCGGGGCGUCGCGCUGCCCUUCCCCUCGCCUCCCGCCUCCUGCUGGUGCUCGUGAUGACAAGGCCCGUUCUCGCGUGCUGGCCGGACUACGUGGAGCAGGGCGCGGAGCAGGCCGACGUGGUGGUCAUGGCGAAGGUCAUCCACGUGGGGUCAACUCGCGGUCACGGACUCAAUAGUUUUUAUAAUCUAGUGCGAAUACAAGUGAAAACGUUCCUGAAGGGCGAGGAAACGUGUCGGAAACAUGUGCAAAGACCGGAGUGGGAGGAGGAGGCCACGUUUGUCGAGGUGCCUGACCCUCCUUCCUCCCCGCCCACGGAUCCGCCCCUGGGUGUGGACGGCGUGUCGGCCCGGGGCACCUGCAGCGGGCGGGUGCGGGUCGGGGACAUCAUGAUCUUCUUCCUCCGCCCCAAGACCCAAACCGAGGUCAGGGAAGGUCGUAGUGCCGCGGCGACCUUCCUCGUGACCUCGCAGCCCAUCAAGCUCAACCUUCAGCUCCUGAGGUACACCCAGACUGCAGUGCAAGGUAAGCCAGACUCCCGUAGACGUAUAAGGCUCAAACUCCAUCCUGGAGCUCCAGAAGAGGCCCUCUGGACUGGGGCCCAAGCAGCGGUGGACUCUCAACAACAACAACAACAACAACUCCGUCAAGUAACCCAAGAAAGGAGGAAGAGAAUGGACAAUUUACAACAAUAUGCACAGACAACAAGAAGAAGAAGAAGAAGAAGAAGAAGAGUAAGAAGAUGAGGAGGAGGAAGAGAAUGGAAGAGAAGGAGCAGCACACUAUUGCUGUCCCCUGCUGAUGGCUUACACUUUCUUCCACCGAGGACUACCCCAGCAGCUUACCUAAGGACAUGGUGUCGUGCCGUUCAUGGGCACUCUUUUAAUUAAUUAUGUAGGUUCAUUAUAGCUCAAAGUAGAAUUAAUUAUUGAUCAUUUAAACCACAGAGUAAAAUUAGUAGUUUAUUCACCCAGUCUUAUAAAGCACCAUUAUCGCACAGGAUCAUCACCUGUCCAAGUAAUAUAGGUAACACGACUUUAAGAAAGUUACUUGAGGUAAUUAUUGCUUAGAGAUUCUGAUGGUGAAUGGUGGACAGGGUCCACUUAUUAGAGGUUAGCUUACGUAUCUUACAUCACUAAUUACAUUUGUAAAUACCAUGAACACAGGUUAACAUUAACACCUUAAACUAACAUGCACACAUGGCAAUAAGUAGCACCAACAUAAUAACUGUUUCCACCCACACGGGGAAACACAGACUCCACCAUUCCACACCUUAAUUAAGUCCUAACUAAAACUAGUGAGUGUUUGCGCUUAUCCAUUGUUACCCCUGAGAACGACACACAUACCACCCUUUUGGCCUUCUCCUUCCUUCCUCUCUUCACACACCCUGCCACAGGCAAUCCCCCACAACGCAGCUUCAAAAGUGUUUACUGCUGCAUGUUGGCCUUGGUCUGGACGACGCCCAGCUUCCCAUCUGUCAGGCUUGCCUUUGGCGCACCUGAAAGGGGCGAUGUCGCUCGUGAGAAUCCAGUCUCAGUUAUAGUAUUAUAGCCAAAGUGAGUUGAACACCGUGAACAGUUCUUUCCUCACCUGAAAGGGGCGAUGUCGCUCGUGAGAAUGAGCUCGCUCCCACAACCUAGUGCGAGGAAGGGGCGUUAGUCUCGGCCCCAAAAUGCCUUGGUGUGACGUCACGGAGUGACAAACUGACCGCAGGUUAGGCCUGCUUGAGACCUGAGAUUUCCUUGGUAGGCCUCCAAUAUCAAUAUAAGGUCACUAGUAUUUUAUUUCCAUUAUAAAUAUUUACCGUUCUCCCGCAAUAAUUAAAAAAAGGCAGAUUGACCGCUUUUGGCAACGAUACCCUGUUUUGACCCCUGACACCUCUGAAUUUUGUUGACACUACAGAUUGUAGGGGAGAUAUGGGAGCACAACAGCCUCUUUGUUUCAACCCCCAUCUCUUCCCUCUCGCUCUCUCUCUCUCUCCCUUCUCUCUCAAACUUCUUUCUCUCUCCUCUCAUACUUUUCAUUUUUUUCUCCUUCUCUUGUGUACUUCCUUCUUUCCUUUCUCUCUCUCUCUCUCUCUCUCUCUCUCUCUCUCUCUCUCUCUCUCUCUCUCUCUCUCUCUCUCUCUCUCUCUCUCUCU